CAAAAGUUUCCAAUUCCACCUAAUUGCUUAAUUAUUUAGCCCUCAACAAUCUUCAGCAUAGCCAUGUUUGUCACUUCAUUAUUAUUUCCAUUCAUGCCAUGUUCUUUGCAGCAUGAGUCCACAAAUAAAUUGAACACACUAUUUUAAGAUGUGUAAAAUUUUCUUUGCAGCUAGGCCAUGCUUUAGAUGCUGUCCACGCAGAGCUUCUACCUGAAGACAAGGCACGAAUAAUUGAGGAAUAUAAGAAAGAAGGACCAAUAGUGAUGAUUGGGGAUGGCAUUAAUGAUGCUCUUGCAUUAGCCGCAGCUGAUGUUGGCAUCUCAAUGGGAAUUUCAGGAUCAGCACUUGCAAUGGAGACAGGGCACGUGAUUCUCAUGUCAAAUAACAUUCAGAAGAUACCGUUAGCCAUCAAACUUGCGAGAAGGACAUUAAGGAAACUCAUUGAGAAUGUCAUUGUAUCCAUCACAACUAAGGGUGCCAUCUUAGCAUUGGCCUUCGCAGGUUAUCCGCUUAUUUGGGCAUCAGUUCUCACAGAUGUCGGGACAUGCUUGGUCGUAAUUUUCAACAGCAUGUUACUGUUGCAAGAGACACCAAAACUUCAAGGAGGGCAUUCCAGAUCAAGAUGUGGCACUUUCUCCAUGCCUUCUUUAUUUGGGAAAGGCAAAAGCAUAAAUCCUGUUGAUGGGCAAGGUGGUUAUAAUGGAGAUUAUGGGGACUAUGAGGCAAUAAAAUGCAAUGAUGGAUGCUGUGAGAAACUCAUUCAUGAAGUGGAAUCCCCAAGUGGUAAAGGUUGUUCUAACUGUACAGAAGCUAGUUGCAAGGACAAGAAGUUUGCUAACAUACCACAAAGUAGUAGUAGUAGUAGUAGCAGCGUUUGUUGUCUACAAAAAUGUGAAGCUCAAUCUCAAAGCAAAAAAUGUGGUCCAGCACAAGGUGCAACCAUCAAUAAUGCCUGUGGCUGUAGCACUGCUGGCCUUCUGGAAUCUAUAAUAAAUAAUGCUUCUAAGAUUUCAGACAAUAGAGAGAUAAGAGGGUGUUGCAAGCAAUUUGCGGAGCAAUGUUGUGGUAAGCCUGAGCAAUACACAACUAAUAGGUUGUCAGAAAUUGUGAUUGAGUAG